AUGCACCACUUCACCACCGUAACCUACGACAGCCUCCCAAAGGGCCCCGGGCGGCAGGAAUUCUGGCAGCUCUCCCUCCCGCGUCUAGCAUUCGGAUACGACUUCUUGCUGCAUCAGAUACUCGCCAUAACGGGAUUCCACAUGGCCGACCUGUAUCCAGAGAGACGGAGCGCCCUGUCCACCAGGGCCCUGCAGCAUCAGGAAAAGGCCUUCCGCGGACUGUGCCAGGCGGUUCCCGACUUGACCGGCACCAACUGCCACGCAAUCUUCGCAACCGCAUCGCUGCUCACCAUCAGUGCCUUUGCAGCCUUUACCGAGAACGUAGCCCAGGAGGGCCACAAGCCAAACAUUGACAACCUGAUGGAGGCCUUCUCUCUGAUCCGAGGAAUGAACCACAUUCUCACGAGGUAUGAGCCCAUCUUGUUAGACGGUCCGAUGGGUCAGCUGCUGCAGUUGGGCGUGAGCCGCCAUGAGACGCCGCUGCUGGCAAGCACCGCCAUCAGCCUCAGCAAGCUGGUCAUCCCCGAAGACACUGAUCCUGUUGUUCGGGACAUAUGCCAGCACGAGGUCACCAAGUUCAUCAAGUUCAUGGAGUAUCCCACCAGCAAGGCCGCAUACCCAGAGCUGCGAGCCGCAUUGUCGUGGCCCAUAGUUCUCAGCGAGGAGUUCGUCGGCCUUUUGCAUCGUCGCAACGCGGUUGCCCUCGAUAUCCUCGUAUACUACUGCCGUAUACUGGACCACGCAGGAUCUUGCACAUGGUAUAUGAGGGGAUGGGGCCGCUGUAUACACGAAGAUAUCGCGACUAGCCGCCGUGCAAACUAUGGUGGGCACGCCACGACACAAACGUUCGCGUGA